UCUCCUGGAGACGCCGGGUGGGCUGCGCGGCCUGCUGGAAAGGGGCGGCAGCUGGCGGCGCUGGGGUUGGGCGCGGCGGCAUCAUGGAGCACAUCCGUACCACGAAGCAACAGCUCAGUUGUAUUGCAGAAGAUCAUUGAUCUUUCCCUGAAAUAUGAUGUUGAACAGGUGAAAUUGCUAGACAGAUUCAGUACAAGCAGCAAGUCACAAACUGGAACACUUUACCUUACAGCCACUCAUCUCUUAUUUAUAGAUGCCAACCAGAAAGAAACAUGGAUACUGCACCACCACAUUGCUGCCGUGGAGAAACUUGCCUUGACAACAUCAGGGUGCCCUCUGGUGAUCCAGUGCAAAAACUUCAGGAUAGUUCAUUUCAUUGUUCCCAGGGAGAGAGACUGCCAUGAUAUUUAUAAUUCCUUGCUUCAGCUGUCUAGACCAGCAAGAUACGAUGAACUUUAUGCCUUCUCAUACAAUCCAAAGCAAAGCGAGGCGGUGCGAGCUCGAGGCUGGCAGCUUAUUGAUCUUGCAGAAGAGUACAAUCGGAUGGGUGUGCCCAACUCUAACUGGCAAUUGUCAGAUGCAAACCGUGAUUAUAAGAUCUGUGAAACUUAUCCCAGAGAACUUUAUGUUCCUAGGAGUGCAAGCAAGCCCAUAAUUGUUGGCAGUUCUAAGUUCCGAAGCAAAGGAAGGUUCCCUGUGUUGUCAUAUUACCAUAAAGAUAAUGAGGCCGCCAUUUGCAGAUGUAGUCAACCUCUUUCUGGGUUCAGUGCCAGAUGCUUGGAGGAUGAGCACAUGUUGCAAGCAAUCAGCAAAGCCAAUCGUUCUAAUUGUUAUAUGUAUGUUGUGGACACCAGACCUAAGCUGAAUGCAAUAGCAAACAGAGCAGCAGGUAAAGGUUAUGAAAAUGAAGACAACUAUUCUAAUAUUAGAUUCCAGUUCGUUGGUAUUGAAAACAUCCAUGUAAUGAGAUCCAGCCUGCAGAAACUUUUGGAAGUCUGUGGUACGAGAGGGCUUUCUGUCAACGACUUUCUAUCUGGUUUGGAGAGCUCUGGGUGGCUGCGUCACAUCAAAGCUGUUUUGGAGGCCGCUAUCUUCUUAGCCAAAGCAAUAGCUUUUGAAAGCGCAAGCGUGCUUGUACAUUGUUCUGACGGCUGGGACCGGACAUCUCAGGUGUGUUCCCUGGGUUCUCUAUUGCUGGAUCCCUUUUAUAGAACAAUUAAAGGAUUCAUGGUUUUGGUAGAAAAAGAUUGGAUUGCUUUUGGACACAAGUUUUCAGACAGAUGCGGCCAAUUGGACGGAGACCCAAAGGAAAUCUCACCAGUGUUCGCCCAAUUUUUAGAAAGUGUCUGGCAUCUGACAGAGCAAUUUCCGCAAGCUUUUGAGUACAAUGAGGCUUUUCUCCUCCAGAUCCAUGAGCACGUCCAUUCCUGCCAAUUUGGAAACUUCAUUGGAAACUGCCAAAAAGAGCGAGAGGAACUCAAGUUGAAAGAGAAGACUUAUUCCCUUUGGCCUUUCCUCCUGGAUGAACAAAAGAAAUAUCGAAACCCCAUCUACAGUGAGCUUUUUUCUCAGUCCUUUCCAGUUCUGGAGCCUGACACAGUGUCCUUUAACUUUAAGUUUUGGAGGAACAUGUAUCAUCAGUUUGAUCAUACAAUGCAUCCCAGGCAGUCUUUACUCAGCUAUGUCAUGAACAUGAGUGAACAAAAUAAGCUACUAGAGAAAGACAUUAAGGAAUUGGAGUUGAAAUUGGGGCAUCAUGUAAACAAGGAGACAGAUGCAUCCUUUACCAAGGAACCUUUGCAGUCAGUUCGUUCCUUGUCGCCGGUGCAUAGAACAUCCCCGUGCUACAAGAAAGAGCAGCCUUUGCUGCUUGCAACUGACUGCCUCCGGACGAUAGAGGGCUCCAACGCAGCAGACAACCGGUACAGCGAGUAUAUGGAAGAGCUCUCCAAAGCGGAGCCUGGCGUUGUCAGCUUGGAGUAUGGGGUGGCCAGGAUGACUUGUUAGGUGUCCCCUGGAGCACUGCUGUCUCGUCCUUUCUGAAAAGAUUUGCUCACGACCAGGCCUUGUGAGAGGGAUCUCUUGGUGCAUGACCAAAAACGAACUUGUGUAAUCAGAGAGACUCGUCAACAUAGAGUUAGAGUAGCACACUAGUUGUUCAAGCAAUGUUUGCUCUUUUUUUUUUUUUGAGGUGUAAUUGAAUAUAGCCAUCUUGAAGGAAACAUGGAGAACUGACUGAGGAAUGAAAGUGGUAUGUCUUCGCAGUAUAAUAAAUUUAUAGAUUGCACUGGAUAAUUCAGAAUGUUAUUACUUAAUAUGUCCAUUGCCAAAUUGUUAAUGAUUUUUUGUAAUUCUCCUUCUAAGAAUCAACAAACUACUACUGGGACAGCUGAAAGUAUAUAUAUAAAUAGGGUAAAGUGUGUGUGUACUCUUACUUAAUCUGUUAUUAAUUUUUGUUGUCUUAGAUGCCAUGAAAAGUACUGUAUACCAAACUAGAAAGAGCGUUAAUUUUGUGUGUGUGUGUGUGUGUGUGCGCGUGCGCGAGAGAGAGAGAGAGAGAGGUGCUGAGGCACUCAGCAAAUUCCAUCUAUAGAUAUGUUCAUUGACGGCAGUAACUAUCAAAUUCCACUCCAUUUCUUUAAAAGUCUUUUUACAAAUUCUUGGUUUCCAAGAUAGUUAAUGGUCUGAAAUUGUAUCCUUGAAUCUCGUAUUCUUCUGCGCAAUUCUGAGUAUGACAAAGUGAAAGCUAAUUUAGGGUGAGACUUGUAAUUUUCGUGUCCGUGAGAAUGAUUAAAGUAUUUUGAACAAGGG